GCUUGCCUGUGUCAUCCUUCACAAAUUGAUCGGCACUCGUGAUAGAGCUAUCCGGGUUUCGUCGAGUACGAAGCCGCGUCGACCACAACUUCACUGCGACAACUGUUGGAUCACCGUCAUAUAUAUUGCCAGUCCACUGUUGUCAUGUCCCUCGAUAUCAAAGGUGCCUUCGAUUCGAUUGAUCGGUGCGCCCUUUUAGAAUGACUGCUAAGGGAACUUGUGCCCGAGAAAUAUAUAAAUUUUAUGCAAAUUCUUUACUUACGUAGCUCUGGCAGAGUGCGGGCUUACGGCAAGCUGUCGCCACCCUCCAGUGGUGUGAGACAAGAAUGCCUCUUGUCACCUUUCCUCUUCAAUUUCGCUACUGACGAAGUCAAGGCGAUCACGUUCACAAGACACGACUUAGAAUGCGUGGAGCUGCUCCCAGGUGAACAACUUCUUGACUUGGAGCAUGCUGAUGACAUUGAUCUCAUCUGUGACAGCUCCUAAACGUGCCAUGCUGCACUGGUUAGGUUAGCACUGGCUGUCAACCGUUUCGGACUUUGGCGUGCACGCUCGAAUUUCAAAGCUUUCCUUCAAGAUUGGUAGAGACCGUUUCCUACGCUGACCGUUGGUGGGGGUCAGGUGGAAGUCGUUCAAAAAUUCGACUAUCUGGGUAGUUAUACUAUUGUUAAGUAGCAGGAUUUUAGUUGUUAUUUCGUUAAGGUUUUUAUCUCAGUUGUUCACAAGCUACAUAGUUGUAUCAGCGCCUGUGGAAUCGAAGACGAUGUCACGAACCGUAUUGCAAAAGCUCGAGGCGCUUUUGCUAAACUUCGCCACCUAUGACGCCGGCGCGACAUUCUCUCUUUCUCUUUGAACGGUAGUGUGUACAUUGCAGCCGUGCGUUCAACUUUCCUUUACUUUUGUAAAACCUGGCCCAUCAGAUCAGCGAAUAUGAGGAGGCUAAUUAGAUUCGACCACCGAUGCAUCCGCAGCUUGGCUCACAUCUGGUGCGAACACCAGGUGAGCGACGAGCGUGUUCGACGCUCAGCACAGUUAUUUCACUCGCCAGACUCCGAUGGCUCGGCCACGUGUUGCGCAUGCCAGCCCACCGGCUCCCGGGACGUGCGUUUGUUUCGCGCCGGGCAUGUGGAUGAAAGAAGAGGAGGGGUGGUCUCGCGAUGACUUGGUCGAGAGCAAUGACCUCGGUUAGAUCCUGUCCGCUCCCUGGUUGAGGUCAUAAAGGCGAUGAACACCUUUGUCUUGAUACCGUUGCUGAUAUGGCUAGGAGCCUACUUCAUUGGCGUUCGUGUUGUUAAUUUCUUUGCCCCUCCCCCUCUCGUUUAGCCACCCACUUUAACCGCGAUCUCAUUCUUUAGCGUAAUACAAAUUUUGCAUAAUAAUUUUUUGCUGUGUAGUAGCCGGUUGAUAGCUUUCCGGAACAAUGCUUAUCCGUUGCUGGUAGCUCAGCUAGUGUGCACUUGUUGUAUGUUUACUUAUGUAUUGCGGCUCAGUAGCUGAAGUGUUUUCCACCUCUAGCUAAGGUGUAUAAUACAUGUAAUGUAUGCAUGCUUUGAGCGCUCAAACGUAGCUUCUGUACUUUAUCUGAAGAGGUCGCCACUCUCCUCGUUUUUUCCAUGAUAAGACCGGUACUGGAGUACGGCUGACCCGCCUACGAACGGGUCCAACACGUCGCUACCAAGAUCACUCCGAGUUUACGAUGAUUACCGUUUUAAUGGUCGAUGCGAAAAACUAGGACCCUACAUCUUGUCCAAUCGUCGGGUGCGAGUCGAUCUCGUUGUGACAUACCGAUUAUUACAUUUUGGCGAAUUCCCUAUGCAAGAGUGUGGUGACAAAUGUAAUGCGAGUUAGCUAUCCAUUGUGCUUUGAACGAAGAGUGGUUGGUGUUUGAUCAGUCUGCCAUGAUAUGUCGUGGAGGCCAAAUCUGUGCAGCAGUUCAAAACCUUGUUAGAUUUACCUUUUACCAUCAUCAGAUUUGGAGAGCGAUUGCACACUAGCAGUGAUAUCUUACAUUUGUGGGUCCAGUGGAACUGUAAGUCAGACAUUUCUAAAUGUUGCAUAAGAACAUGGAGAACGAUUAGCUUGUCACAGGUUACAGACACAUUUUAUAACAUUUUUGGUUAUACUCCGAUGGAGUUGUACAGAUUUAACUUCUGCUUGGUCCCACAAUUCAGUACUCAAGUUUAUCAUUUUUUCUACCUGUCGCGCACCGAGCAAUUGUAUUCAUGUUGGGGGUUCCGCCAUCGGUUGUGUAUUGGCAUUGUUUAGGUAGGCUAACUCGUAGAACCUUAAUUUACAUGUGGAUGUCAUGCUGUAUGUCUCCUAACUUUUUUUGAUUCUAUGCGCGUAUCUUUACCAACUGUGACGUUUUUACUGUAUUAGACCUUCGUUAACCACAAUGUCUGCGCCUAGCUAUCCCUCGCUAUCUCCUUAAUCUUUUCUUUCUGGCAGCUGAUUUGACUAUUUUCGUUUUGAAAUCACAGGUGUUAUCGAAUUCAGCCUUUUGAUGGAGGGUUCUUAUUUACACGAAGGCACAUCUGUGAGAGCAGUCAACGAAUUCGAGGUCGCAUUGUCCUACCUUGAUGAAGUCUUCCAUGUAUGCUCGAAUACUCCUCAAACGCCCAUUUGGGUCUAUCAUUAUACCGCGAUUGCAUUCAGUCAUCUCUCCGUCAUCGACGAGUUUCACCUAAGGUGUAAGCUUCCCGAUCGCUUCCACUCUUGGGUUCAGAAACUUGCACAUUUCAAUUCUGCUUCCGGAGAUGAUCCUGGCAUCUCUUUGAAUGCAGGCUUAGUUCUUGCAAGCAUCUACUUUGCUGCUGCCUUAAAACUCCUUGACUCCCUUACGAGCUGUUCAAAAUCUCGCAUUGAAUUUGGAAAGGCUGAGUCUCCCUUGAUUUUACGAUGUUGCCUCUUGGUCUCUUUUGGCCUCCACUGCGUGUCCCAUUCACUGUACUUACGUCGAAAUAUACAUAAUACCGUUAUCCAGCCACCACUCGUGGAUGCUAGUAGGCUUCUUCAGUUCGCUGAAUCAACUUUGAAACGAGCCGUGGAUUUACUGGUAAAUGAUGCAGCUCGGGAUCAACAAUACUUGGAUCAGCAUGAAACUGAUGAAGAUAUCUGCGAAAUGAACAAGAUCGCCCAAAUCGAGUCUAGUGAUGAACAGAUGGUCCGUAAUCGCCUGCUGAUUAACAAGUAUCUUCGUUCCAAGGCUUGGUAUGGUUUAGCGGUUCUGUAUUCAACAAUGUGUGCGGACUACGAAGAGCACAUGACCUACUGCUUGUGCCAAUCACUUCUUACCAAUCCUAAGAAUACCUCAGCGGGGAUCAGUUUGGCUUUGCGCCUGUGGCAUCAAGGGCGAACUCAGUUUGCGACCUCACUACUGUCACACUUUCAAGGAUCAGACCCAAACGAUAGCCUAGUUUGGUUGGCUUCAUCUCACGUUCACGCAAUCACUGAUGCACCCGAAACUCGUCCCUCACAACCGGAUUAUUUUUCUUACAUUAAUCACGCGUCUUUGCGGGACCUGCUUCAUGCAGCCUGUUUACGAACGAACAUUGACGUUUGCUUGCAUUUGGUGAACCGGUUAUUCCCCGUACUAGUCGAGGCUGUUGGCUGGCUCAAUAACCUAGAGUCGCGUGAGCUAUUGUGCACUGUUGAAUCGCAAAAGAUCGUCUCGUUCUUACGACUGGCAAUUGAAGUAACCACGGAAUCAAUCAAUCGAUGCUUAGCGUACCAGCCACGAAACCCCGUUUUAUGGCACAACCGCGGAAUAUUACUCCAGCUGGCUGGAUUGUCUGCUCCUGCUGCCUACUGCUUAAAAAAAACUGUCAAAUUACUUUCCGGAUCCCGUGACGUAAUUGAGGAAUCUCGAUCGCACCUCCAGUUGGCCAUUGCCCAAUGUUUCCUACUUAGUUUUAUUUGUGGCAGUCCAGACUGGGAGAAGGCGGAUCAGCUCGUCUUCUCAUCAGGCGAUUUCAACCCAACUUCUUGUGCCAGUCUUGCCGAGGCAUUUGCCAAAGGCCUGAUUUACCUUCAUCAUCCAACCAAGACCAUCCAACUGAAUCUCGCGGCGAUAUGUCUUAUCGAUGAACCAUCUCGCUUGGUCCGUCAAGCGGUACCUCAAGCUCUGGUGGCAUCCAGCGCCUGGCCUGAUUUCGGACAGUGGAUCCUUCGUCUAUUUUCCGCGGAAUCAGACCAGAUGUUAAUUGAAAUACCGGGCCGAUUUCUUACGCACAGUCCGGUUUUACCGAAUCACCAUUACCUACUCCGAACCCUCUGCAAUAUCAGUGUUACACAGGACAAAGCAUUGGGUCCGUGCAACUUAUACACCGUUAGUCGUAGGCGACAGAUAUUUUUUGAACAGAAUACGCUCUGCUUUGAUCACGGAUUUACGGGGCAUUUGCUUUGCGAAAACGGAUGUUUGCGCCCAGAAGAGCAUAUACUUUGGAUUUUGGACAACGCCUCUCUAUGCGCUUCUCUGUCUGGUUCACUCUGCUACGGGUUGGCUUGGUUAUCUCGUUUUGUGAUUUAUCGGCCGAGCGACCCUAACCGCUGGACCGCAGUGGCCGCGUGGAUUCUCACACAUCAUGUCAUUUCGCCUCCUGCUGCGGACUCCUUUCUGCUGAAGGAGAAGAACAGAUCGAAAUCGUUUCCCCACUUCUGGCGUUCUUUCAUCCAGGCAGUAUCCACAGUUCUAAGACUUCGGUUGGAAGCGCCGAUCAGUCCCCUAUUCGCCAACAUUGUCUCCGAAUGUGCAAGACACUGGAUUUUUAUUGGCCCUCCUCCAAAUCUUCCGGAAAGUGCUAUUUCGGUGAUGCUUUUCUCUUUGCGACGUUCCGCUGCGAUGUACCCUCACACUCCGGAUCUAUUGACACAUUUGAAACUGUUCUCUUCGCUUUAUCUGCCAUCUGUAUAACUCCAUAUCUCUCAUUAUCAGGAGCUCUUCAUCCU